AUGUCAGAUACUUCAGAUACUUCACCAAACUCAAAUAAUGUUUGUCCCGUAAAAAAUCAUUCAUCAUCGCCUUUCUUAAAAAUUACAGAAGGAAGAAAUGAAAAUUCCGAUGCAAUUCAAUGUCCUCAUCCUCACCAAAAUAAUAAUUUCUCUAAUGAGCAAAAAAAUUUAUCUAAAAAGGAUGGAUGUUCGAGUGAUGCCAUGAUUAAUAAUGAAUCAAAUAAUAUGCCAUUUAUUUCAAAUCAACCAUUACCGAAUAUUAAUCAACGUAUUCCACUUGAAACAAAACAUGAGAAUGAAAUAGAAAAGAAAGUUUGGAUAUAUCCUUCAGAACAGAUGUUUUUUAAUGCAAUGAAACGUAAAAAUUGGAAUCCUCGUGAAGAGGAUAUGAGCGUAAUUAUACCAAUGCAUAAUGCUGUCAAUGAAAAAGCUUGGAAGGAAAUAUUGAAAUGGGAGAAAUUACAUAAAAACAAUUGUGGUGGACCAAAAUUAGUGAAAUUUCAAGGCAAUGCAAAAAAUAUUACUCCUAAAGCAAGAUUAUUAAAUUUAUUAGGAUAUAAAUUACCAUUUGAUAGACAUGACUGGGAAAUAGAUAGAUGUGGUAAAAAAGUUACAUAUGUUAUUGAUUUUUAUUCUGGACAACCUGAUCCAAAAUUCCCUCAAAACGUAAGUUUCUAUUUGGAUGUUCGUCCUGCUAUAUCAUUUGAAGGUAUCUUGGAUAGAUUUCGUAGAUUAUUAUAUUCGGUAAUUAAUUGA